ACAUUAUUUAUACUGUCUCUCACACAGAUAUAGACAUUAAUGAAUUAUUUAGUUAGUGUUACCAUAGUAAUGUAUUAAAUAUAAUAUACGACUUCUUAUAUGGUGAAUUUAUGGUUUGGUUAAGAACGGCAGGAAAGCACAUGUUAAUAUACAAAUCAUUGGGUCAGUGUCAUAAAAACGUUAAUAACAUGUCACUUUAGGAUAAAGUGUUUCGUAUUUAGUGAAUAUAGGCGCAGGAAAAAAUACUGAAUAUAAUUUCUUUUCGAUUAUUUUGGGAUGUUUGCAAUAGUUUUCUGUAACAUGAUAUUUUGGAUUUUAAUAGUGUCUGUUACUUUUCAAGGUGUAACGUGCAAUCUCCGUUACCCUAAUUUAAAUCAAGGAAGCCUGUUACAGCAGGUACAAAAGAACGCCCCUUCAAGCUGGAGAAAUAUUUGGACUACCCUCAGUCCACCAGCCACACCCAGACCUCGAAGACUUACCGUGUAUGAUACGAUCCGAGCCACAGCGGCAGCAAGUAGGCGAGUGAAUGGCAUAGAUUCUUACCAUCAGGCAAUUAUAUCGCCAGCAUCAAUAAAGUCUCAGCCAGUGUUUCCCACUAAGGAAACGAGUCGGUACUCUCCUUCAAUAAGAAGUAGCUCAAAGCGGGUUUCUCAGGAAAACACUGGUCAAUAUAGACCCGCAGAAAUUAGACCUACCGCUGAAACACGUUUUUCAAAUGUACAAGCAGCCAAAGGACCCCUUCUUGCAAGAGGGGCAACACGUGCAGAAACAGUUAGUGAUUUAGGUGCUAGAAGACGCUCAAGUGCUCGAACUAACACAGCUAUGGCCAGAAGGACGCAUUCGGUAAAGGACAAAGGCCUUUAUGAAGAAGCUGGUAUGUUCGAUACAAGUUCGGCCAGUCAUAAUGUUGCAACAACGGGUCAUUUUGACGCAUUUGCUGGUGAUGCAAUAGCCCUUUACGCCUACGACCACGACCACGGCCACGGCCACGGAACGACAACAGCUACGGGUAACAAAUAUGUACGUACUAGCACUAUUUUAGAGGCAAAUACACCGGUAAAAUCAAGAUUUAAGGUUCUUCCUAAUGGAUCUAUUGUUGAUUAUGGUAUAUCUAGCCAAACUUAUACACAGCAAAAUUCGCAUGCAACGAGCCCGAAUGUUCGUGGCUUGGAACCAAGUGCACAAAGUUCCACAGCAUAUGCAAAAAAACAGACACAACCAACUUCUACCGAUUACCUAAGCAGUUCUACCACCAAUAUAGGACAAUCUGGUUCUCGGCAGUCAUCCCCAACAAAUAAUCAGCUUCCAUUAUCCGACGCACUUCCGGCGUCACCAACUCGGAGCAGCGUUCAGACAACCAGGCAUAAUCGUCCGCUCUACACGAACGCUCAGGGAGGAGUUCCGAUUUUUGACGAUUCGUUGAGUUAUGUUAUGGAUGACCCUAGACUGCGGAAAGAUGAUCACCACAGUUCUCUGUCAAUAAUGACAGAAAGUGGAAUAAUUGACUAUUUUCCGACGCAGACGACAAACAUAACACUCGGACAAACUUCCCCAGCACGUAAAAUAACAACAGUAAAAACAUCCCCAACAACAACAACAACCAUUCCUACAACUACAACAACAAAGGCUACAACAACAACAACAACAACUGCAACAACAACAACGACGACGCCCAAACCAAAACCUAAAGAUGACUACUGGACCAAACAGGGAGGAGUGCCAAUUGAUAUUACCGUUCUGAAUGAUACGCACGUGUGCCCGAGUUCUCGUGCACGAUGGCAGGAUUAUACGUUGUACCUGGAAACCAAACCAAGACUUUGCAUGAUACAAAUAACUUUUAAUGCCCGGUACAAGCGAGAACCUAUCUACCAUAACACGUGGUGGGGCAACAGUGUGGAAUGGGUAUACCGCACGGUGUAUGAACCUGAUGUGAAGUUUGUCGAUAACUACCAGACACAAUUAAACAAUCGUAUCUUUUAGAACUGUCUAUGAUCCGGAUGUAAGAAUAGUAGAUUUACAUGGAUGGAGAGGUUCAACUUGGUAUGGAUAAAGUCAUCCGAAGUCAUCCGAAGAUAUUUGUCAGAAACUAUUUGUGAUAAAAAUGUCGACUUCCAAUAGCAGGAGUGCCAAGGGUUAACAUAAUAAUGUGUAGACAGUUAUUAUGGUGGCAUAUUUUUGCUGUAAAAUAUAGCCUGUUAUGGUUCGCGAACAUAUUCGUGACAGUUAGAUAAAUAUCGAGAAAAACUAUCAGGUUAUUUAGUUAAUGUUUACUUUUUUUCAAGUAAGAUAAAUGGACAAAGAGUGCCCAGGUUUGCCACUAGUUAAGCUAUAUGAGCCGUGCCAUGAGAAAACCAACAUAGUGGGUGUGCGACCAGCAUGGAUCCAGACCAGCCUGCGCAUCCGCGCAGUCUGGUCAGGAUCCAUGCUGUUCGCUAACAGUUUCUCCAAUUCCAAUAGGCUUUAAAAGCGAACAGCAUGGAGCCUGACCAGACUGCGCGGAUGCGCAGGCUGGUCUGGAUCCAUGCUGGUCGCACACCCACUAUGUUGGUUUUCCCAUGGCACGGCUCAUAUUUUCCUUCAACCAUUAACUCAUUUAUUAGUAAAGAUUCGCGUUUUCACGUAACUAAGUGGUUUACGCGAACAAAUUAUUGUUAGCAAUUAUUGGACAAUCGGAAUACUCUAAACAAAUUCGCUUUUCCGAAUACGUCUGUAACGAAUCUUUUUGCGUCAACCACUUAUAUAAUUACGUGAAAACAAGAAUCUUAAUAACAUAAGAUUCGUGCGGCUAGUAAUUGAAAAAGCGACCUUGUCCAGGAAAAAUGAAUUAACUGGUGACGGUUCUGGCUGUUAGAGCUAUUAUUUGUGAUAAGAUAUUUGAACUACUGGUGAAAAAGUCGCCGACUUAACUAGAUAUCUAGAUACUUUUCUCAAUGUUUAUGCAGCUAACGCGACCAGUAUAGGUUAGCUUACGACUGAACAUACUACCAUAAAUAACAUCUAGCGUAACUUGCUUUGAGCAAACGCUAGAACUCGUCUUAUAUUAAGGGUAUAUUAAAAGUAUGUUUAAAAGUAUAUUUAAACUUUUAAACUUUUGAAAGAAAUUGGCACACACAGUCCUACUUUGUUUUGGUGGUGGGAAAACGUGCUAAGUGUACACUCUUAACCAACUGAAUUAUUAACUGUAAUUCCUUAAUGCCUUCAUUUGCAUAAAUACUUUCACACGUGAAACCCAUAAAAAUCUUAACAGAUUCAAGUUGUCAUCAAACAAGGUUAACACUAUCAUUUUCCAACAUAAUCAUUUAUUAAAGUAUGUCAGUUAUUGUUGAACUUUAGCGUGACCCUUAAGUUUUGACCACAGCCGUACGUCACUGUUUCGUAUUUGUAUGCAAAUAGCAAUUUUUCUUGUAUUUAUUACUAUAAUUUCCCGCGGUGAGGACACCUCAUAACUCCUACUGUUCUAUACAUUUGAAACGUUUUAGCUCAUCUGGGCACGACAUGCUCGUGGUGAGCUUUUAGGAUUUUUGGAUGUCCGCCGUACGUCCGUCCGGCGUCCACAAUUUCUUUAAAGAACAUAUCCUUUUCCAACAUUAAGCCAGUUUCAACCACGCUUUACAAAAAAUGUUCCUUGGGUGGUUCCCUUCAGAUUCCUUUAAAUCUAGGUCAUCCAUACAGAAUUCUGGUGCCACGGCAACCAGAUGGAAAAAAACUUUUAAAAUCUUCUGAGAAACCGCUGUCCCGAUUUUGAAGUAAUUUCACAGAAAUGUUCCUUGGGUGACCCCCAACCAAAUCCCUUCAAAUUGUUCUGUUUUUUUAAAACACAUGGCUGCGAGCGGCGAUACUGUUUUUCCUUAUAUAGCUUUAUGGAAAACAUUGAAAAUCCUUUCUCUGAAACUGUUCGCCCGAUUUGAAAUUAAUUUAACAGCAAUGUUCCUUGGGUGAGCUUAUACCGAACUGCUUCAGACGCCGAAGCUAGUUCUCCUUCAGUAAGGAUGUAUUUAAAACUGUGAAAAUCUCUUAAACUGCUGGCUCGAACUGAAAUAAUUUCACAGGAAUUUUCCUUGGGUGACCCUUUACUAAAUCUGCAGUAUACUAAGUUGCGUUAAUAAUAUGCAUGGCUGCUAGUGGGUUGGGCUGUUUUUUCCCUAUAUGCCUAUAUGGAAAACUUUUAAAAUUUUCUCCUCUCAAACCGCCUGCCCGAUUUGAAAAUAAUUUGACGGCAAUGUUGCUUGGGUGACCUUCAAAAUUUCUUCAAACUAUGUUGAUUUAUUGAGAAAAAAAACAUGGCCUCCUGGAGGCGGGGCUAGUUUUUUCCUAUGUGACUAUAUGGACAAUUUUGAAAAUUUAAAAGCAGUUUUACAGCAAUGCAUCUUUGGUGACUCGCUAAAUGCCUUAAAAUAAUUCUGUUUCGUUAAAAAACAUGACCGCCAGAGGCCGCGGUUAAUUUUUCCCUAUUAGGCUACUUGGAAAACUAAAAUAGCUGGCCCGAUUUUAAAAUAUUUUAACAGCAUUAUUCCUUGUUCCAAAAUUAUAAAAUGUCUGAGACUUCCAAUUCAAAAAAAGUACAGGGAACUUACUGGGAAUAAUGUAUACCUGAAAACAGGGAAAUGUCCGUUCUGAUUGGUCAGUAAUGUCAACGAACCAAAGGAGUGAUUUGUUUUGAAAAGUGAGCCGUGUUAGUGGGUUUAAAGUAUUUCAUUACACAUUUUGACAAUAUUUGCAGAUUUGCAGCAUCUGAUGUCUAUUGAAAUUAGUUUCAGGAAACAGGUUUCUGUGUGAUGUAAACAGGGGGUCAUAUCAUUCACGCGAGAAAUACUCAAAUAAAAUAUCGCUAUUCAUAUAUUUUUCGUUCUUGAUUUUGGUGGAUCUAAGAUAGUUCUUGAAUAAAAUGUGACAAGAUAUAUAUAUAUAUAUAUAUGUUUCGAUUCAUCGAAGGAGGUACACGCCAUAAUGUUAUAAUGGAAUACUCUAGUGUAAAACAAUUGGUAAUCUCUAGCCUUAAUCCAGCUGUGUAAUCCAUCAUGGCCCUUUUGUUUGAUAUUUCGACGGAUUGAAAAGCUCUGUAUUAGCAAGUGCGGAAUGUUUUCAUUUCCUUUCUUUACAAGUUAAAAAUCAGGAAAAAACUUGCUGCACUUGUUUGUCACUUAUUAUUUUCUGAAUGUGAGUAUUUAUGGAUGCGACUUAAUACUUAUAUUAAAAGUUGAUAUAUUUUUUAAUAUACCACAGCAUUUGCCAAAUUUCCCAUUUAAGCGGGAAUGUAGAUAAUUUAUGUAUGUUCUGUAACUUUGUUAACCUAUCCGCCUGGUUGGUGUACUGUUAUUUUGUCACAAUGAUAUAAAACCAUUAAUUAAUGAAUUUGUUAAUUUAUAUUUGGUAGCAUAGAUAGGGCCUAUAUAGGGGGAAUGUUUUGUGUUACAUGCUACAAUUUGUACAUAAAAAUAUUUGUGUAAUUCAUGUACUAAAUUUAAUAAGUUGUCUUUCUUGGUUGCAGAGGGAGAUCUUGUAUUGGAAUUUUGAAGUCUGAAUUCUAUGUGUAUAUAACUUAUAAAAGAGGGUUUUUCUUGCAUUUUGAUAAAGAACUGUAAUAAAUCUGAAAUAAUAUGUAAAAAUGAACAUUCUUACAAUUAGUCACCGGUAUGAGAUCCCAGACGACCACAUUAGACUACUCUUACAAGCAAAAUCCGAAUCGUUUUAUUGAAAACUUCUUAUUUUCGUGUAUUUUAACUUUAAUAAUUAUAGUGGUGUAUUCAGAUUUAAUGCAUCUGUUUUUUAAAAAAAGAACGUUGCUUUUUUUUUUAAAGUAUUGGUACUAUUCACAUGACAUUGGCAAAUGAGGUGAAUUGUCUGAGCUUUUCAGGGACAUUAAAUUUGCCCAAAAAUGAGGAAAAACACAUUUAAGAUAACUUAUAACUUUAAUUGAGAAUACAACUGUAAGCAAUAUGGAACUUUAAUAGGAGUGUUUCUUUCGUUUUUACUGUUUUGAAUUUAUUACUGUAAGUGGAAAUAAAUUACCUCUGAUUCAGUAUAUAGCAAACUUUACAUUUCCAUAUUGUUCUUAUGAUAUUGUUAUGUUUUUCGCAUAAAUUAAAAUAAAGUAAAAAUUAAAUCUA